AGAUAAUGCCUUUAGUUGAACCAACAAGGUUGAUAAUGGGCAUGACAGUCCGUAACUAUGAAUGGCAUGAAUUCUUUCCAAAUGCAAAUGUAACUCAUAAUAUUGGUGUUGUUAUUGCUAUAUGGGCUCCAAUUCUCCUGGUCUAUUUCAUGGAUGCCCAAAUUUGGUAUGCUAUCUUCUCUACAAUUAUCGGUGGGAUCUAUGGGGCUUUCAAUCACCUUGGUGAGAUACGAACUCUUUGGAUGUUGCGGUCAAGAUUUGAGUCUGUUCCUUCGGCUUUCAGUAAACGUCUUGUGCCAGGGUUAAAAGAGCAAUCUAAAAGAGAUCAUUCGGAUGAUACACUCGUAAGAAAGAACAUUGCAAAAUUUUCUCAGGUGUGGAAUGAAUUCAUAUUCUCUAUGCGGAUGGAGGACUUGAUCAGCAAUAGAGAGAGAGAUCUGCUUCUCGUACCAUAUUCAUCAAGUGAUGUAUCUGUUGUCCAGUGGCCUCCUUUCUUGCUCGCUAGUAAGAUACCAAUCGCAUUAGAUAUGGCGAAAGAUUUUAAGGGAAAAGAUGACGAGGACUUAUUUAAGAAGAUUAAGAGUGAUGACUACAUGCUUUCAGCAGUGAUUGAAUGCUACGAGACACUAAGGGCUAUACUGAUUAACCUUCUGGAGAGCGACUGGGAGAAGAAGAUCAUUAGUCAGAUAUGUGAUGAAGUAGAUGAAAGCAUUCUACAACAAAGAUUUCUAAGUGAAUUUCGGAUGACUGGGUUGCCUGGUCUCAAUGAUAAGUUGGAAAAAUUCUUGAACCUUCUGCUAUCAGAUUUUCAAGACAUUAAACUAUACAAAGCCCAAAUCAUCAACAUUCUUCAGGAUAUUAUGGAGAUCAUCACCCAUGAUGUUAUGUAUAAUGGGCCCGAAAUCCUUGAAAAAGCUCACCCGUACCAGCUUGAAACUGAAAAUGACAAAAAAGAGCAGAGGUUUGAAAAGAUAAGCAUCCACCUCACACAAGAUAGAGCUUGGAGAGAAAAGGUUGUAAGGCUUCAUUUGCUUAUUACAGUCAAGGAAUCUGCUAUAAAUGUGCCUAUGAAUUUGGAAGCUCGUCGGCGAAUUACUUUCUUUGCGAACUCCUUAUUUAUGAACAUGCCUAGUGCUCCAAAAGUUCGUAACAUGCUCUCUUUUAGCGUCUUGACACCAUAUUACAAAGAAGAAGUUCUUUAUUCCGAAGAGGAGCUUAACAAAGAAAAUGAGGAUGGAAUAACAAUAUUGUUUUAUCUUCAGAAAAUAUAUCCAGAGGAAUGGAAAAAUUUUGAAGAUCGGAUUAGCGAUCCAAAACUUGGAUAUGCUAGCAAAGACCGGAUUGAAUUAAUUCGUCAAUGGGUAUCUUACAGGGGGCAGACACUUUCUAGAACAGUGAGAGGGAUGAUGUACUACAGAGAGGCACUCGAACUUCAAUACUUCCUGGAUUUUGCCGGGGAUAAUGAUAUAUAUGAUGGGUACCGGACCCUCGAUAUGAACUAUGCGGCUCAUAAAAUUCUCAGGGAAAGUGCCCAAGCUCUGGCAGAUUUGAAGUUCACCUAUGUUGUUUCAUGUCAGAUCUAUGGUGCUCAGAAAAAAUCAAGUGAUAUUCGAGAGCGAAGUUGUUAUUUAAACAUACUGAAUCUCAUGUUAACGUAUCCAUCGUUACGCGUUGCUUAUAUAGAUGAGAGAGAGGAGAAGAUUAAUGAAAAAUCUCAGAAAGUUUAUUAUUCUGUUCUUGUCAAGGGUGGGGAUAAGUUUGAUGAGGAAAUAUACCGUAUCAAGCUUCCAGGUCCUCCAACCGAAAUCGGUGAAGGGAAACCUGAAAAUCAAAAUCAUGCCAUUAUUUUCACUCGCGGGGAAGCCCUGCAGACCAUAGACAUGAAUCAGGAUAAUUACUUUGAGGAAGCUUUCAAAAUGAGAAAUGUAUUGGAGGAGUUCCUGAGAAGUCAUCAUGGACAGCGACAUCCAACAAUAUUGGGAUUGAGGGAGCAUAUUUUUACUGGAAGUGUUUCGUCACUCGCUUGGUUCAUGUCCAAUCAGGAGACUAGUUUUGUAACGAUUGGCCAAAGAAUUUUGGCAAACCCUUUAAGGGUACGGUUCCAUUAUGGUCAUCCUGAUAUAUUUGAUAGGAUCUUUCACAUAACAAGGGGUGGCAUAAGCAAAGCUUCAAGAAUAAUAAACUUAAGCGAGGACAUUUUCUCAGGUUACAAUUCAACUCUGCGUGGGGGCUUUGUAACGCAUCAUGAAUAUAUCCAAGUAGGCAAGGGCCGCGAUGUGGGUAUGAAUCAGAUAUCACUUUUUGAGGCCAAGGUUGCAAAUGGUAAUGGAGAGCAAACACUUAGCCGUGACGUUUAUCGGCUUGGACGCCGGUUCGACUUCUAUAGAAUGUUGUCAUUCUACUUCACAACAGUUGGUUUCUACUUUAGUAGCAUGGUUACUGUCCUUACUGUAUACUUAUUUUUAUAUGGGCGUUUAUACAUGGUUUUGAGUGGUUUGGAAAGAAGAAUUCUGGAAGAUCCAACUGUUCGCCAGAGCAAGGGACUGGAGGCUGCUUUGGCAACCCAGUCAGUCUUUCAGCUGGGGCUGUUGCUGGUGCUGCCUAUGGUGAUGGAAAUUGGCCUGGAAAGAGGUUUUCGCACUGCAGUGGGUGAUUUUAUAAUUAUGCAGCUGCAGCUGGCGUCUGUAUUCUUUUCCUUCCAGCUUGGAACAAAGGCGCAUUAUUAUGGCAGAACAAUCUUGCAUGGAGGUUCUAAGUAUCGUGCCACUGGCCGUGGAUUUGUUGUUUUCCAUGCAAAGUUUGCUGAUAACUAUAGGAUGUACUCCCGUAGUCACUUUGUGAAAGGAUUGGAGCUGGUUGUACUGUUGGUUGUUUAUGAAGUGUAUGGGGAAUCAUACCAUAGUUCCACUCUGUAUUUUUUCAUUACUUUGUCAAUGUGGUUCCUGGUUGGUUCCUGGUUGUUUGCUCCUUUUGUGUUCAAUCCAUCUGGAUUUGAGUGGCAGAAAACAGUGGAUGAUUGGACAGACUGGAAUAGGUGGAUGGGAAAUCGUGGUGGCAUUGGUCUAGCAACAGACAGAAGUUGGGAAUCCUGGUGGGAUGGAGAGCAAGAACACCUGAAAUUCACAAACAUAAGAGGUAGAGUGUUUGAGAUAAUCCUGGCUCUUCGCUUCUUCAUCUACCAAUAUGGCAUUGUCUAUCACCUUGAUAUAGCUCAUGGCAGCAGGAGCAUACUGGUUUAUGGGCUUUCAUGGUUUGUUAUGGCAACUGCUCUUCUGGUUUUAAAGAUGGUUUCAGUGGGCAGACGAAGGUUUGGUACCGAUCUUCAACUCAUGUUCAGGAUUCUAAAAGCGCUGUUGUUCCUUGGCUUUGUAUCAGUCAUGACUGUUUUAUUUGUGGUUUGUGGCCUGACUUUAAGCGAUUUAUUUGCUUCUGUGCUUGCCUUCAUGCCCACUGGGUGGGCCUUUGUUCUAAUUGGCCAAGCGUGCAGGCCCGCACUGAAGGGCAUAGGAUUCUGGGAUUCAAUAAUGGAGUUGGCAAGGGCAUAUGAAUGCGUAAUGGGACUGGUAAUAUUCAUGCCCAUAGUCAUACUAUCCUGGUUCCCCUUUGUAUCAGAGUUCCAAACUCGGCUGCUCUUCAAUCAAGCGUUCAGUAGAGGUCUCCAGAUUUCGAUGAUUCUUGCUGGCAAGAAGGAGACUUCGUCAAAUUGAAAAUCUAAUUCUAACACCUCAGUUUUAGUUUCAUACAAUACGAUUCGUGUUGUAUUCUUUGAAUCACAAUUGGAGUGUGAUCACACAGACGCCAUACUAUUUAUUAGAUUUAUUUUAUGUUGUUAUUUUUAGGUGACCCGUUCUUUACAUUUCGAGGUUAAGCUGUUAAUAGCGAAGUUUGACCCGUUCUUAAUAAUUUUGAUUUGUUUUGUUUUGUUUUGUUUUUUU